AUGGGGAUCAAGGGACUCAACGCGCUGGUUGCGGAGAACGCACCAAAGUCGAUCAGAUCGAGCGAGAUGAAGUCGCUGUUUGGGCGCAAAAUCGCCGUCGACGCGUCCAUGUGUCUGUACCAGUUUCUCAUUGCCGUGCGACAGCAGGACGGAAAUCAGCUCACCAACGAGGCCGGAGACACCACGUCGCACCUUAUGGGCUUCUUCUACCGUACAAUCCGGAUGGUGAACAACGGAAUCAAGCCGUGCUAUGUGUUUGACGGUAAACCUCCUGUCUUGAAGGGAGGAGAGCUUGAGAAACGGCUCAAGAGACGAGAGGAGGCAGAGGCCAAGGCCCUGGAGCUGAAAGAGACAGGAACCGUCGAGGAAUUGCAGCGGUUCGAGAAACGACAGGUCAAAGUCACCAGAGAACAGAACGAACAGGCCAUGAAACUGCUCAAAUUGAUGGGAAUCCCGUACGUGAUAGCACCUUGCGAGGCAGAGGCCCAAUGUGCCGAGCUGGCACGCAAAAAUAAGGUUUACGCCGCUGCGUCGGAAGAUAUGGACACUUUGUGCUACCAGCCGCCCUAUUUCCUCAGAAACGUCACUGCUGCCGAGUCAAAGAAACUGAAAAUCGACGAGUUUAGCAUCUCUGCCGUUUUGGAAGGCUUCGAUAUGGACAUCAACACCUUUGUGGACCUGUGUAUUCUUCUUGGAUGCGACUAUUGCGAAACCAUCCGUGGAAUCGGCCCCGUCACAGCUUUCAAAUUAAUUAAAGAACACGGCUCCAUUGAGAAAAUUGUCGAGUUCAUCGAGAACGAUCCAAAGUGCAAGUACAAGGUGCCUGAGAACUGGCCAUACAGCGAGGCUCGUCAGCUGUUUUUGAAGCCAGACGUGCUGGACGGCGACGAGGUGGACUUGAAAUGGUCCGAGCCAGACUUGGACGGCCUGAUCGAGUUCAUGGUCAAGGAAAACGGGUUCAACGAGCAGCGUAUUAGGGACGGUGUGGACAAGCUCAAGAAGGGACUUCGAGGAGGAGUGCAAGGCAGACUGGAUGGGUUCUUCAAAGUGUCAGUGAAAGCGGAAACCAAGAAACGUACAGUGGUCCAGGACUCGAAGAAGAGCAAACGUGCAAAGAAGAAAUGA